GGGGUCGGCCUGCUGGUCAAAAACUCCUUCCUGAGCAAGUUUUAUCGGGCAGAUGGCGUGGACUGGGUGGACGUUGAACCUGGGCGGAUAGAUAUCUUACGAUUGGAUGGGCCAAGGGGCUCGCUGGACAUCGUGACGGUCUACUUGCCUACCGGCCAGGCCGAGCAGCAGCGCGCUGCGAUCAGGGAUCGGGCGUCCACGGACAUCCGCCCAACCGCCCGCGCGCUGACCGUGAUGAUCGGCGACUGGAACUUCGUGCGAGAGGCCUGGGACAGAAUCCACUUCGAUUCGGGUGCGUGGAACGGCGGCGUAGACGAGCAGGAGCACGACGACUUCGCAGAAGCGUUGUUCACACCGCACGCCAUGUUCGAGGCGCAGCAGCCUGAACCCACGCACCGCACAUCGCAAGGCGCUUCAAGGUUGGACAGGGCAUACGUGAACCCGAACGUUCCUGACAUGCUAUGCAGGACGUGGUCGUGUGCAGCCCUCGAUUGGAUUGUUACCUUGUCGGCCCACCGCCCCCUGAAGUGGCGCGCCGGUCGCCAGCGCGACGCGCAGGGGAUGCGCGUCCGCGUCAGCCUGGAGAUGUGCAAGGGCGCAGAGAUGGCCCUGGCAGAGACCGCCGCCGACCGACUGGGUUGCGCGAUCCGGUGUUUGCGCGCCGUGGAGGAAGGACGAUGGGCAGCGGUGCAGCGCGCGGGGAGGGAGUUCCCAGGCCUACUGGAUCUCCACCUCCUGGAGGCGGCUCACGGUGGAAACGGGGAGGCGCAGAGAGCAUUGCGAGACGGAGUGGUACAGCUUGCCAGGGAGGACAUCCGACAGGAUCUUUGCGACUUGGAGGCUGACGCGCCGAGGCUCGCCACAGAGGUGGUCGCAGCCAGGCGGGAGUCUGUCGCGGACAAGAUCAGACGGCUGAAGCCUGGUUCAGGCACGAGUUUGCGCGCUCUGCGAAAGGGCGACGGUGGAAUCGCCACCGAGCCUGGCGAGAUCGCAGAGGAACUCGCGCGCCACUGGCGAGGGGUUUUCACGGCGAGGGAGGUGGACCACGAGAGGCUGGAGGCGUGGCUGCAGGAGAGCGGGGUUCAAGGCGCCGCCGCGCUGCCGACGCGGCCCGCGAGCUGGCGAGUGCGGAGGCAGGACGUGGAAGCAGCGCUGGAGCAGGAUCUCCAGCGCGCGUACGCGGACGAACUGGGAGGGGACGCAGAGACCGCCGGGCACGCGUUCAACCUCGGGCUUCUGUGUUGCAUUCCAAAGAAGGCUGUGGAAAUCGACCCGGUGAUUGGAGAGGUGUUCACGGCAGACGGCACGCGCCCAUUGUCUUUGGUCGACGUCGCCAACAGAAUCAUGGCGGGGGCGUACAAAAGCUUCCUCCCCGGCCGCUCCAUGCUGGCAAACGUGGUGGAGCUGGAGCACCACGCCAUUCUCGCAGCUCUGCAGAAGCCGCGUGGGAUGCUGCUACUGAUAGACUUCAAGGCGGCCUUCCCAAGCGUGUCGCACCGGUACCUCCGGCGAUGCCUGGAAGGUUGUGGAAUGCUGAUCGAGGCGCUCUGGGUCUUAGACACCUUGUACGACAACGGCGCAUGCCCGGCUUGGGGGCAGCUUCCGCUGAAGCGGGCGACGAUUUACUUGGGCUGCGCGGUCGGGCCAAGCAAGGAGGACCUGCUCUGGAGCUCUGCGGUGCGGAAGUUCCGCGAAAGGGUGGGCGGGUGGCCGUGGAACACUAUGGGCCUCCACUUCGCUACCGCCGCGUACAACACGUACGCGCUGCCCAUGCUGUCAUUCAUUGCGCCGGUGGCAAGCCCAUCUGAAGAGGCACUUGACGCAGAGGCAUGGGCCCUCAAGAGGGCAGCGCCAGGGCCCGGCAACUGGGCGACGCAGGAGGAUCUGUGGGGCCUCAAGCAGCACUACGGCAUGCCGCGUUCCUUCGGCUCCGUGGCGGCGAUGGCGCGCGCCUGCCAGAUGAGGGUCCUAUGCUUGGAGAACUCCGCCCACGGUGGAUUGCAGAUCGACGGCAUGGGUCUGCAGCUCCAGGACGCUCUUGGCCAGACAGACUUCCCUCAACGCCGUGGGCUAUGGGACAAAUGGUUCGUCGCAGCUAUCCCUUCGGUUCUGAUCUGGAAUGAGCGCGCGCUCCGCCCACGUGGCAUUACGAGGGACAGCAUUGCCGCGGAGGCCCUCGGGGGCGGGAAGAGCUUCCAGGCGGCCGCCAGAGAACUCAUCGGGCGCAAUUAUAGGUCGCCAGCUCAUUUCCGGAUCCGGCACAAGCUGGACAGAUGGCUGCUUCCAGACACGCCCAGGAAUGUCGCCACGCGUUUCGAACAGCGACUGGGGCUGCUGAGGGGCCUG